AUGUCGGACAGCUCAAGUGCCAGCGAGCCCACGCGGGUUUCCAUUCUGGGCAAGGAAUCCAUCAUCAUUGACUACGGACUCUGGAAGAAGUUCGUUGUACCCGACUUACUGGAGAAUGUUUCCUCGGGCACCUACAUCCUCAUCACUGAUACAAACAUUGGCGCCCUCUACACACCUACUUUCGAGGCCGCCUUUUACGAGUGCACGUCGAAUCUUGACAAUGCGCCGCGACUUCUCACCUACCAGGUUGCUCCUGGUGAGAGUUCAAAGAGCAGAUCGACCAAGGCCGCCGUCGAGGAUUGGAUGCUUUCGCAAGGCGUCACAAGAGAUAGCGUGGUCAUCGCUUUGGGAGGAGGUGUUAUUGGCGACAUGAUUGGCUUCGUCGCCGCUACCUACAUGCGUGGCGUCCGCUUCGUCCAGGUCCCGACUACACUUCUGGCCAUGGUCGACUCUUCUAUUGGUGGCAAGACUGCCAUUGAUACCCCUCUGGGCAAGAACCUGGUCGGCGCUUUCUGGCAGCCUCAGCGUAUCUACAUCGAUCUCCAGUUCCUGGAGACUCUGCCCAAGAGAGAGGUCAUCAACGGUAUGGCAGAGGUUGUCAAGACCGCUGCCUUCUGGGACGAAGCCGAGUUCGCUACCCUGGAAGAGAACGCAGACCUGAUCAUGAAGGUCUUGGACGACAAGACCAAGAAGGGCGAUGGCAGAUUCACAGAAAUUGCACACAUCCUCAAACGCAUUGUCCUUGGCUCUGCUCGCAUCAAGGCCGAAGUAGUAUCUGCUGAUGAGAGAGAGGGUGGCUUGCGUAACAUUCUUAACUUUGGACACUCCAUCGGUCACGCCAUUGAGGCUAUCUUGACUCCUCAGAUUCUUCACGGCGAGUGUGUCGCUAUCGGCAUGGUUAAGGAAGCUGAGCUGGCUCGUCAUUUGGGUGUUCUUGCUCCUGGCGCCGUUGCUCGUCUUUCUAAGUGUAUCUCCAGCUACGGCUUGCCUACUUCGUUGGAAGACAAGGUUGUCCGCAGAAGGACCGCCAACAAGCACUGCCCUGUCGAUCGCUUGAUCUCCAUUAUGGCUGUCGACAAGAAGAAUGCAGGCGGUCAGAAGAAGAUCGUUCUCCUCUCUGCCAUUGGCAAGACCUACGAGCCCAAGGCUAGCACUGUUGCUGACAAGGACAUCCGCAUCAUUCUCUCGCCUAGCGUGCUUGUGCACCCUGGUGUCGAUAGUUCUCUCAACAUCUCCUGCAAGCCCCCCGGCUCCAAGAGUAUCUCCAACCGCGUACUGCUUCUUGCUGCUCUCGGUUCUGGUCCUUGCCGCAUCACCAACUUGCUGCACUCUGACGAUACCCAAGUCAUGCUUACAGCUAUCAACAAGCUCGGCGGAGCAACCUACUCAUGGGAAGAUGCAGGCCGUGUCCUUGUUCUCACUGGAAAUGGUGGUGAGCUGAAAGCUAGCUCUGACGACCUUUACCUAGGUAAUGCAGGCACUGCCUCGCGUUUCUUGACGACUGCAGUCACACUUGCAAAGCCUUCCUCUGUGAGCCACACUGUUCUCACCGGUAACGCCCGUAUGCAAGAAAGACCUCAAGGUCCCCUCGUCGAUGCUCUCCGCUCCAAUGGUGUUGAGAUUGAAUACAUUGGCAAGCCUGGAAGUCGCAGUCUCCCUCUUCGUAUCGCCGCUGCUGGUGGCUUCGAAGGUGGUGUCAUCGAGCUCACCGCCAAGGUCUCAUCCCAAUACGUCUCAUCUAUCCUGAUGUGCGCUCCUUACGCCAAGAACCCCGUGACUCUGCGUCUUGUCGGCGACAAGGUCAUCUCCCAGCCCUACAUCGACAUGACCAUCGCUAUGAUGGCACAGUUCGGUGUUGAUGUCGAGAGAUCUAGCACUGAGGCCAACGUCUACCACAUACCUCGCAAGGCAUACACCAACCCUGCUGAGUAUGAGGUAGAAAGUGAUGCCAGUUCUGCUACUUACCCUCUUGCAAUGGCCGCCAUCUCCGGCACAACCUGCACGGUUCCCAACAUUGGCUCGAGCUCUCUCCAGGGAGAUGCACGCUUCGCUGUCGAAGUCCUGCGACCCAUGGGAUGCAAAGUCGAGCAGACUGCAACUUCCACCACCGUUACGGGGCCUCCUGUUGGCGAACUCAAGCCACUGCCUGAAGUUGAUAUGGAAACCAUGACCGACGCUUUCCUUACCGCUUCAGUGCUCGCUGCAGUUGCCAAGCCUAAUGCUACCGGCGCCACUACCCGCAUUCUGGGUAUCGCCAACCAGCGUGUUAAGGAGUGCAACCGUAUUAAGGCCAUGAAGGACGAGCUCGCCAAGUUCGGCGUCACAUGCAGAGAGCUUGACGACGGUAUUGAGAUUGAUGGUCGCGGCUUUGAUCUUCAAGAAGCACAGGGUGGCGUUCACUGUUACGAUGACCACAGAGUUGCCAUGAGUUUCUCGGUCCUUGCUACUAUGGCUCCCAAAUCCACUCUUGUUCUGGAGAGGGAGUGUGUUGGCAAGACUUGGCCUGGAUGGUGGGAUCAGUUAUCGCUGCUUUUCAAGGUCAAGCUGGAGGGUGUCGAGCCUGCAACUUCGCAUGCUGUUGGUCAAUCAGUCCCCAAAAGCAACCAAAAAUCGAUUUUCAUAAUUGGAAUGAGGGGCGCUGGUAAGACAACUACCGGUGGCUGGGCUUCCCGUCUUCUCGGUUGGCCUCUGAUCGACCUGGACACCGAGUUGGAGCGAACUGCUGGCAUGACCAUCCCGAAAAUCAUCGAAGAGAAGGGAUGGGAAGGUUUCCGUGAGCUCGAGUUGGCGCUCUUGAAGACCGUGAUGAAGGAGAAGCCCACCGGCUACAUCUUCGCCACUGGCGGUGGUAUUGUAGAGAGAGACGAGGCUCGUGAGAUUCUCACAUCCUACCACAAGAAUGGUGGCAACGUCCUCUUGGUAACCAGAGACAUCAAUCUCGUGAUGGACUUCUUGCAGAUCGACAAGACACGCCCAGCUUACGUUGAAGACAUGAUGGGUGUAUGGCUCCGCAGAAAGCCUUGGUACGAGGAGUGCAGUAACUUCCACUACCACAGCCAGACUGUCGAGUCUAUGGACGGUGCCAGAGCCAAGAACACAAUCGAGGACUUUGGUAGCUUCUUGAGACUGCUCACUAACCGUGAGUGUGCAUUGGAGCGCAUGAGAAGGAAGAGAGAAUCGUUCUUCGUAUCUCUGACCCUGCCUACUGUGGCUCCCUUCUUGUCUCGUCUGAAUGAAAUCUCGUUCGGAGUCGACGUCAUCGAGUUCCGCGCGGAUCUUCUCCAAGAUCCUUCCACAUCAGACGGUCGCCCGAGCCCUGAGUUCCUUGUUGAGCAGCUUGCGGCUUUGCGAUCUGGCAGUGCUUUGCCAGUCAUCUUCACCCUCCGCACCAAGUCUCAGAGUGGACGUUUCCCUGACGGUGCCGACGAAGAGGCAAUCAAACUCUACCGUGUUGCGCUCCGUAUGGGCUGCGACUUUGUUGAUGUAGAGCUGACCUCAUCGCCCGAGCUGAAGCAGUUUGUCGUUUCCAACAAGCGUAACAGUAAGAUCAUUGCAUCUCACCACGACCCUGCUGGAAAACUCUCAUGGGCUACUGGAGGUAGCGCAUGGAUGCCUCACUACAAUGCUGCACUGGAGUACGGAGACAUCAUCAAGAUUGUCGGUAGCGCAAAGUCGUUGGAGGACAACUUUGCCCUUGCUGAGUUCAAGGCUUGGGCAGCCAAAACUCACCCCGAGAUUCCGCUCAUCGCUCUCAAUAUGGGUGGGCAUGGUAAGCUCAGUCGUAUCACGAACCGCUUCAUGACUCCGGUCUCGUCUCCUGCCCUUCCCAUUGUAGCUGCUCCCGGCCAGCUUUCGGCUGCCGACAUUCGUCGCGGUCUUAGCUUGAUCGGCGAGAUUGAACCUAAGAAGUUCUUCCUCUUCGGUUCGCCAAUCUCCCAGAGCAGAAGCCCUGCCCUUCACAAUGCUCUGUUCGCACAAUCGGGACUUCCCCAUGAGUAUGGGCUGUUCGAGACUAUUGAAGCAAAGGACAUUGAGAAGAUCAUUCGUGCUCCCAACUUUGGUGGUGGCAGCGUGACCAUUCCGCUCAAGCUAGACGUCAUGGAGUUGCUCGACCACGUAGACCCUGCCGCCAAGAUCAUUGGCGCUGUCAACACCAUCGUACCUACUCAGACAGCUGAGGGUAAGACUGUCCUGACCGGUUACAACACAGACUGGCAGGGCAUGACGAUCGCACUGCAGUUCGCUGGUGCUGAAGGCACUAACGGUGUUUUGAGAGAGGCAGCUAUGGUCGUUGGAGGUGGUGGCACUGCACGCGCCGCAAUCUAUGCUUUGCACAAGAUGGGCUACAGCCCGAUCUACUUGGUCGGCCGCAAUACAACCAAGUUGUCUGCCCUCGCCGACUCGUUCGACGCUGCCUUCAACAUCGAGGUACUGAGCGACACUGAACAAGCAUCCAAGCUGUCACCUGACAGACAUCCCGUUGUGGCCAUCGGCACCAUACCUGGUGACUCGCCUAUCGACCCUGCCAUGCGCGAGACAUUGUGCUGCUUGUUCGAGGCCGGUAACAACCCCCGCGACAUCCCCGGACCCGAGGACAAGGCCAAGGUCCUUUUGGAGAUGGCCUACAAGCCGCGUGUGACAUCGCUGAUGCAGCUCGCUGGCAACAGCAGCUGGAAGACUGUCCCCGGUCUCGAGGCUUUGGUUGGACAAGGUGUACACCAGUUCAAACACUGGACCGACAUUACCCCUCUCUACAACUUUUCCAGAAAGGCCGUUCUGGGUGACGAGGCGUAA